GGCGGGUAAGUUGGGGGGUGGCGCAAGAUGGAGAUCGCUUCACUUCCUGCUGCCUCCGGUGGUGUCUGGCAUAGGCGCGCUCUGGGCUGAUACUUUUUUGUCUGUCGGGGCAGACGGUGUUCCCGUCAUUGACGGGACAAGGAGGUUUUGAAUGCAGUCUGAAUCCAAGAAGCAUGAAGAAGAGACACCUGCUCUACACUGGGGGUUGGAUCCUGUGUUUUCUGCAUUUGCAAGACUCUAUAUUAAAGAUAUACACGAAAUGAAAGAAUCUAAACAAGUGCCUGGUAUAUUCUUUUAUAAUGGACAUCCAGUGAGACAAGUGGAUAUUGUGGGGACAGUGGUUCUACUGAAAGAGAGAGAUGCCUUUUAUAACUAUGGAGUGGAUGACAGUACUGGAGUUAUAAAUUGCAUCUGCUGGAAAAAUCCCAUGGUAGCAGAAACAGCUUUAGCAGGUCAUCCAGACACAGCAAGCGGUCUUACUGUACUCGAACAGAUGAAGAAACUGCAGAAAAUGGUGAGCCAGAAAACCAAGCUGGGACUUGGGGAUCUCAUCAGAGUCAGAGGUUACAUCCGAACCUACAGGCAACAAAGAGAAGUUCAGGCUUCAUGUUUUUAUAAGGUGGAUGAUCCUUACUGUGAUGUUCAGAUUUCAAGAAUGCUGGAACUCCCCUGUCUCUACAGAGAAGUUUAUGAUAAACCUUUCCAAGGCUCAGAGGAGGGACAGAGUGGUCUGAAGGGUCAGAAUUUCUCAAUCAAUGUGCUGCUUCAGAAAAUGGAAGGCUUUCUAUUAGAGAACAAAAUUCAGACCUUUUACCAGCAGGAGCUGGAAACAGUUGAUAUGCUGGUGUCACUGGCUGGUGUGCAUCCCCCCAGUUCCAGCUGUGCAGAGGUGAAGUCAGAAAGUAACUCCUCUUCCAAAGUGAUUCACAGCGCUUUUAAGGAAGCAAUAAGAGUGCUACAAGAAAAAGGAGUGGUUUUUCAGAAACCUAGUAGCUCCAAGGACUUAUACCAUGUGACUGACCAUGAUAAGGAGCUGCUUAAAGUGACUCUUGAUGUGAUUAAAGAAGACUGUCGAAAACCCAGGCAUGCUGAAAAAGGCUGUCACUUUCUUCAUGUCCUCACUUGUGUUAGGCAAAACUACAACCCCUCUCUGACUGAAGCAGUGAUACAUCGUGUAGUGAAACUGCUUGAGAGUAACAGUGAUAUUGUCAGCAGUAUGGAAGGAUAUUAUAUUGCAUUUUAAAGAGGCAUUCUGGUGCAUUCAGGAUAGAGAAGGGAAGGAUGUGUUGAGUGACCCUGAAAAGCUGGUAUCACCUGGUAUGAACUAACUAGUGGGGGACAGGGUGAGGUGAGAAGAGCAUUCUGAUCCUCAAAUGCUGCUUUUGUCCAUCUGUAGAGAAGUUGUCCAAACAGCAUUGGUCUGAAGAUGGUUACCAUGUAAGACAUUUGAUCUGAAAUAUUAUGUGCCACAGUUCAAAGCCCAGACUUAUUCAGUACUUGUCCUUGGAAAGGACUUGCUGCUACAGGGACUUGUCUGUUUAAUCUUUCUAAUGGUGUGGAGGUGAGACCUUUAGCUUGAAUAGAGUAGAAAGGAUUGAAUGUAUCUGUCCUCUUCCCUCUGCACUUUUUCUGUAACAAUUGAAACAUCAGACUGCUAAGAGGCAGAUGCAGUGGUAAAGCCCUAUAAGGAUUGAUAUAGCAGGGAAAAAUAAACCACAUGCAUGAGGAAAGCCAGGGAGUAGCCCCAUGUGCCAGGUCUCUGGUUUGUUGUUACAGUGUAUGCCUCAUUCCAAGCUCUGACUGCAGUGAGAUAUAGGCUAAGAGAAAGGCAUGACAAAAUAUUUGGCAUUUACAUUCAGAGGCCUGUGGAAAACUCUGGCCUUGAAGAGGUGAUACGUUUAUCCAUAGUGGAAAACUAUGUAUGAAUCAUUCUUUUGCUGUAAAGUCUCUGCUUGCUGCAGGGCUCAAUAGUUGAUUUCCCUGCAGGCUUCCCUGCUUCUGAGAAUUGCUCUUCUGUUUUCAGUUGAUACCUUCUAAGUCAGAUCUUAUCAUGGGCCUGAAUAGGUGUUGAAAAGAUGUACCUGUGCAGAAGAAAAUAAAAGAGGAUUAAGAAAGAA